CUCGUUUUAUCGCCGGAUUGCCCUUUUAUGAUAUUUAAUUGUAUUUAUUUUUUGCCGCUGCACAAUGGGUGAAAGCAAUGCCAGUCCAUUUGACAUGGACAGCUCCAGUUUCGAUGCGGAAAAAUAUCUGGAGAGACUCCUGAAGGACUGUUCGCUGAGACAAAUCAUGGACACGGAGGCGGCUGUUGUGAAGGACACCCAGACCCUGCACUCGGACAUGCAGACGCUGGUGUAUGAGAACUACAACAAGUUCAUCUCAGCGACGGACACGAUACGAAAAAUGAAGGAUGACUUCAAGCAGAUGGAGUCGGACGUGAAUCUUCUGAUGACAAAGAUGCAGUCAAUCACCACGUUUAGCGAACAGAUCACGGGCACGCUGCAGGGCACUCGCUCCCAGCUGUGCCGCCUCUCCGAGAAACACUCGCUGCUGAAGCGUCUCCAGUUCCUCUCCACACUGCCAGCCAAGCUGAAGGGCCUGAUCGAGGAGCAGAACUACGCCCAGGCGGUGCAGGACUACCUGCACGCUCAGAAGGUGUUUGCCCAAUACGGCAGACAGCCCUCCUUCGAUGGCAUCCAAAAGGACUGCGAUGCCAUCAUGGCGGAUCUGAAGGAGACGCUGCGCCAGGACUUUCAGCGGGCCGGCAAUACGGCCCAGUCGCUGACGGAGAUCGGGGAACUGCUCCUGCAGCUGGACGAGAAAACGUCGGACCUGGCCAGCGAGAUGCUCACCUGUGCCGGCAAGCGGCUGCACGAACAGAUAGUCAUGCUGCAGGACCAAACGGAGCGCGAUAUGCUAGAGUUCGUGGACAUGGGCAUCGAUGGCUUCCUCAAUGACCUGGCCCUCGUGGUGACCUCCUACUUUGACAUGUUCGUGGCCAAGCACUACGAGAAUGAACGCGACGACUUCCAGGAGAAUGCUCUGCUCGAGCUCAAUAUCUUCCUCAACCAGAACAUCGACAAGUAUCUGACGCUAGUUCAGGACCGCGUCGAGUCGGACAUUGGCUAUGGCGACACGCAGGUCAUGCUGCGUGCCUUGGACCGCCUGCAUCGCCGUCUUCAGGCCAUGCGCAACAUCUGCCGAGGCCUGGCGGUGCAACGCAAUACGGUGGACAUCAUAAUUGGUGCCGCCCACCAGCUGUGUGACGCCCACGCCAAGAACCUGAAGGAUCACUUCGCCGAUAGCCUGAGUGCUGUGCGUCUUUCUUUGGUGUCGGCAAAGAGUGAUGUGGCCACCGGGCUGAACCUGUCGGAUCUGAUCAGCAACCUGUACGUUGCCAUGGUGGAGAAGAUCAAGGGUGUGCUCCAGGACUUGCUUAUCUUUCUGCGCACCGAUUGGUCCUUCAACAUCAAGGCCGAGCACAAGGGCGCCCUCUGUGUGGAGGGCAUUCGGGAGAACCUUCUCAUAGGCUUCCUGCGCCACAUCUGCAAGGUGAUGUGCAGCUUUGGCGAUGCUUCCAGCUCCAGUCCGCCGAAUCUGCUCCUAGUGCUGUCCAAGACCUGCCUGGAACUGGAGCAGCAAGGUGUCCACAUACUGAUUGCUCUGGUAGAUGACCUCUAUGAAAUCGACUCGGAGAACAGUGCGACCCUCACACACGAGACUGAGAUCUGUGCGGAGAUGCGCGAGACGGCCCAGGCCCUCCUUGACGCCUACGUUCGCCUCCAAGGCGCAAACAUCUCCCAGAUGCUGCGCAAGAGCGUCGAGACUCGCGACUGGCUCAACUGCCUCGAGCCGCGUUCCGUGCGGGCGGUGAUGAAGCGAGUGGUGGAGGAGCUGGGCAGCAUCGAGACGGUGGUGGCCAGUCUGUACGAGGGAACGGGAAAUCCCACAGGCUUUCGCACAACGGCCAGCAGCGACUCCAGCCGCAAGACCUACUUCAGCAACUUCACAGCCUCGAAGCCGCAGUAUCGCUCCAAUUGGUCCAACUACACGCCCUCGCAGCUGGAGUCCAACUAUGUGUCGAACAUACAUCGGCUGUUCUCGGAGCGAGUGGACAUCUUCACAUCGGUGGAGUUUACCAAGGCUUCCAUUGUGAUGGGCAUCAUCAAGAUUGGCCUUAAAACGCUGCUGGAGUGCGUGCGUCUGAGGACAUUCAGCAAGUACGGGCUGCAGCAGAUCCAAGUGGAUGCCCACUACCUGCAAAUGAACCUCUGGCGCUUUGUCAGCGAUGAGAACCUGGUGAACUUUUUGCUGGACGAACUCCUCGGCUCGGCUGUUCAACGCUGCCUGGAAUCGGUGCUGAUGGAGCCCAAUGCUGUGGAAAUCAUUUGCGAGCGCGGUUAGUACCAGUUUGUCCCCGGUUAUCAAGAACAUUCCAUUUCAAAUCUCCGUCUAUUUUGUUACUCGCUGCUAGCCUAAGGAUCUUACAAAUAAACCUAUACCUACAUAAUUCAAACAGA